UUUCAGCCUCUGGAACAAGCAGAAAAAUGGUUGAUCCUCAUUGUUGCCCAGUUGUAUUCUGUCAUAACUUGUAUGUAAGUUAAGGAAAGAAUAUGACUGCAAGAGAUUACAGAGACUGAACUGGAGGCUGAAAUGGUUAAGAAGCCUUUCGGGGGUUGCUUAUUCCAGGUUAUUGCGGUAAAGUAGAAAGAUCUCAGAAAGGCUCUUUGUCGAAGGGAAAGAUUUAUUGUGCAAGGUUCAGAAGCGAUAGCUCAAGCAAAGUCUGAACCUUACGCAAUAAAUCUUUCCCUUCGAUAAAGAGCUGGUGUGGUCUCUUUUCUGUAACAGUGGAACCAAAUGGAUUCCCCCUGCUGUUUGAGUGGGGAAAAGUAUGGUAUUCCCCAGAUUAGUACAAACCAAGCUCAUUUCCUGCACCAGGUGGCAUUGUUCGAUUUUUGGACUUUCUGUGCACAGAAGUUAACUUUCUGUGAGAGGCUAUCUUUAAAAAAUGGUAGAAAUAGAAUAUCUGUUUGUCAUGAUAUUUGGGACUCCUUUUUUUAGUCUUUCUGGUUAUCCUAUUCACAUUAAUGAUGCUUUCUCAGAUCCGUAGAUGGGUGUGAAGUUUUAACUCAGAGGGUUGGGAGCUUAUGGAGGUAUUUCUUUUUACAAAGCUAGACUUUUCCUUAAUUUGAACUCCUGAGUGUCUCAGAAUGGCUGCAGGGCAAGAGCCUGACCAUCUUUACCAGAGUUGUCAUAGUAUUCAGCAAAAGAAAAGGCAAGGGACAGCAGCGGCUAUUGGUGUAUUAAACUUGAGGGCAAGUUUUGAACCCGUAGCUGUUAAUUGAAAGAUGAAUCACCGGCCCAAAACUGAAGAAAGAGAAGGGGUAGUAAAAAGUGCCAUCUUUUGCUAAAACGAAAGCGGGCGAAACGCUGGAUCGGAAACGGUUAGGCAGCCCUGGGCAGAGAGGAAAUGGGUCUCCGAGAAAGCAGAGGGCGGAGAGCGUCGCUGCGGUGGGGCAGAAGCGGCUCAGUCUUGCGCUUCCUCGGGGGCUCCUGACUUGCAUCGGCUGCCUUGACUUUCUCCUUGCCGACCUGCAUCGAAAGGAAGCGUCGCCGAGAAGGAGCCUGGACCUUUGGCCGGGACGCGGGAAGAGAAGCCGGUCUCGCUCUCCGCUGGGAACCCCAGAGGAGGAGCCUCUCGCGGACUCCCUCCCGCUCGCCGGCUUCGGCCAGGACCCUUCCUCGGCCCGCGCGCAUGCGUUGGAGCGCUGGGCGGCCCUUCCCCUCGAGUCUCCACCAUGGCCGCAGGGCUGCGGCGCCUGAAGGAGGCCGCCGUGGUCCUUGGGGGCGGCGGCCUGAUCUUCGCCGCGCACCUGGCGGCGAGGGGCGACGAGAGCUUCUACAGUCGGUGGCUGAUGCCGGGCCUGCAGCGCGUGGUGGGGCCCGAGACCGCCCACCGGCUGGCGGUGCGCCUGCUCGCCUUGGGCGUCGUGCCACGGCCCGGCCCGGCCGACUCGGAGAUCUUGGAGGUGCGGGCUUUUGGGCGGCGGUUUCGGAACCCGCUGGGACUGGCCGCUGGAUUUGACAAGCACGGGGAGGCGGUGGACGGGCUCUUCAAGAUGGGCUUCGGCUUUGUGGAGGUGGGGAGCGUUACGCCGGAGCCCCAGGAAGGCAACGCCAAGCCGCGGGUCUUCCGGCUGCCCGAAGACCAAGCGAUCAUCAACAGGUACGGGUUCAACAGUCACGGCCACACCGUGGUGGAGCGCAGACUCCGAGCCCGGGAAGUCGCCCAGCGCCGGCUCAGCAAAGCGGGGAUGCCCCUUGGAAUAAAUCUGGGGAAGAACAAGUGUUCUGUGGAUGCAGCUGCUGACUAUGUUGCAGGCAUUCGCGUGUUGGGUCCGCUGGCUGAUUACGUGGUGGUGAAUGUUUCCAGCCCAAACACGCCAGGAUUGCGGGCUUUGCAAGGCAGAGCAGACUUGCACCUCUUACUUACAAAGCUGGGCAUUGAUGGACUGGUGCUAACUAACACUACUGUGAGCCGUCCUGAGACCCUUCGUGGGGCUUCUUGCAACGAAGUGGGGGGGCUAAGUGGGGCUCCCUUACGACAGCUCUCCACCCAGAUGGUCAGCGACAUGUAUGCUCUCACUCAAGGGCGGGUACCAAUCAUUGGAGUGGGUGGAGUAUGCACUGGCCAGGAUGCCUUGGAGAAAAUACGGGCAGGUGCCUCCUUGGUCCAGAUGUAUACAGUGCUCACAUACCAUGGACCACCUGUGGUGGGUACCAUAAAGCAGGAGCUUGAGGCCCUACUGAGAGACAGAAGAAGAGUUCACAUAAUUCUAUUUGCCUUGAGCAGAGAACAAGGAUUCCAGAGUGUUCAAGAUGCUGUGGGAGCGGAUCACAACUUCUGAGGAUUAGUGUGACAAAAGGGACCCUUGAACUCUCUGGACCAGCAGCAAAAGAGGACGUGUUGUCGGAGAUCCACUGGCUACUUCCUGCCCCUCAUUAAUGAUGAGGGGGGAAUUUGGACCUUAAAAAAAAAAAAAGACAUGUAACAAGGGGGAAACAAGUGUUGGCAUACAUCCUCUCCUGGGGAAGUGUAAAAGCUAAAGAGCUUUCCUGAUGUCGUGAGACUGAUGCAAGCAGUACCCCAGCACAAGAAAGUAGAAAUGGGUCACAGAGUUGGGGAGGAACAUAGUAUCAGUGUUUCUUUUGUUGAAUCUCAGUCUCUCUCUCCUCGUAAGGUUGGGAGGCCUGUACCAUACUGAGUAGAGGAAACCAGUGUUGUUAUUCAGAAGUUUUGGAGAAGGCACACAACAAUUUUUAAAAAUAAAAUAUUGAGAUUGUU